UGUGUGUGGAGAACCGGGGAGAUCAGAAUAGGCUACAUGAAGCCUCUUCAUCAGGCGCAGUGUUAUGACAGAGGUGAGUCGCCGAUAUGAGCAAGAUAUGUGGACAUUUUCACAAUAUAGCCUAAGAGAUAUAACCGAGUAGUGUGUAUGUGUGUGUGUGUGUGUGUGUGACAUAGAUCCAUAUAGGCUGUCUAUACAGGGCAGAUGUGUCCGGGUCAGUGACGUUCUGUAUCAUCAUUUACAUAUUGUACUGUACUGUGUGUAGUCUAAUGUUAGACACAAAAGGGUGUAUUUAUAGGCUAUGGUCUACGUGUGCGUGCGUGUGUGCGUGCGUGCGUGUGCUUGCGUGCGUGUGUGCGCGUGUGAUAUUCCCUACUGUAGGUUACAAAGAACGCGCUUCAGAAAACAAACCAAACCAAAACAAAGAGCCACUGUAAAAAGUAACCAAAAUGUUGACAAAAAUAUAUAUAUUUAUAUUUUAUCUGUUUGAACAGAAACCAAAACCUGUUUUGGAUAAGUUUUACAUCCUGAACUGAUGCGUUGCAUCUUUGCUUCUAUUUCCUGACGAUGUUGCUAUAUUAGUUGUAUUUAUUUAUUUACUUGUUUAUUUUAUCAUCUAAACACAAUUAUAGGUUAAGGCUCCGUGUUUAGUUUAACUGUAACCGUAAGCCGAUUAGAGCAUUUAUAUCGAGCAUCUGGAGGAUUUGUGCCAACCCAAGCGUGAUUAAACAAUGGCGCGAGGUAUACGAGCCAAUCAGGCACAAUCUGGCAACCCAGCCUACUCCGCUCGCAUAUCAUCGGUGUGGACUGCGGUCAAUCCGACACUCACAGGAGGCUGUGACGCGACGGACCACUCCAGGUGUGUUUCCUUUCAUCAUCCGGAUUUCUGCUGCCUUCCUCUGUCUCUGAUUCUCAUUAAUGCCUCAGGUCUCUCCGAGGUACUUAGCGCACCAUACAGGAGAAAUAUAGGCAGAUGAUGUCUCAGAAGAAGAUUUUCCUGCUCCUGGUGGCAGUUAGUACUGUCAGUUUGCUGUUGCAUCAUGGGGGUCACCUCGACUGGACCAUGGAAGUAUUCCGACUGAGCUGUCCAUUCAUGCGUUCUUCUCAAACUGGCACCAGAGUCAAACACACAAAUGUGGUCUUCCUCAAGACGCACAAGACAGCCAGCACUACUGUGCAGAACAUAUUAUUCCGCUUUGCAGAGCGUAACAACCUCACGGUGGCGCUGCCAGUCACCUCGUGUGAUCACCAGUUCUGCUACCCACGCACCUUCAGCAGCCAUUUUGUCCUGCCAUACACCAUGCCCCCGAACAUUGUGACCAAUCACAUGCGCUUCAGCCACUCUGAGCUUCAGCGCAUUAUGCCCAAUAAUACCAUCUACAUCACCAUCUUGCGUGAACCCGGUGCCAUGUUUGAGUCUCAGUUCACCUACUUUAAUCAGCACUGCGAAGCUUUUAAACGAGUCCCUAAUGGGUCUCUGGCCGCUUUUCUGGAGAAGCCCCAGGCUUACUAUCGUCCAAAGGAGGAAGAGUCAAUGUAUGCGAGGAAUACGCUGACCUUUGACCUGGGCGGUGAUAAGGACCGACCAUCCACAGAUGUGAGUUAUGCAAAGCGAUUUGCUGCAGAAGUGGAACGUGUCUUCUCACUGGUCAUGAUUGCAGAAUAUUUUGAUGAAUCACUAGUCCUGCUGCGGCAUCUGUUGUCAUGGGACCUCGAGGAUGUGCUCUACUUCAAGCAAAACAUGCGCAUGGCUUCCUCUAAAGGCAACCUUUCUGAAGCUCAACUGCACAAAAUCCGGGAAUGGAAUUCCAUCGAUGCUGCGCUGUAUGACCACUUUAACGCCUCACUUUGGAGACGGCUGAAUGAACUGGGGCUAGCUUGUGUUGCUAGGGAAGUAAAGCUGCUGCGUCGUGCCCAAGAACAGAUGAUACGUGGCUGUUUUGGCGGCAGUUUGCCUCGGAUACGCUCAGCUUCGGAGAUCACCAACAAACAGCUGCGGCCAUGGCAGCCCAGCAGCAAAGUGGCUAUUGUUGGGUACGACUUACCUGUCAAUGCAUCAAAGGAGUCUGGCAUGUCGAAGGACGUGUGCCUGAAAAUGAUCAUGCCUGAAGUGCAAUAUACAAAACAACUGCUGCAGUGGCAGAUGCUGCGAUACAGAAGCAGGUACUUUUUAAAUAAAAUGCCGCGUAAUGGGCUGAAACCCUUUGGCCAGUUCGUAUGGAAACAACCCUAUAUUUCCACUUCACGAAAUUCAGUGACACUGGGGAGGCGCCCCAGAGCAGCUACACAGUUCUUCCACCAGGCACGUCAACGUCAGUCCCAGAAUUAGCCACAUUGUUUUCUUCGUUCAUCUUGUGACCCAGACUGCAGGGAAAGACCUAUGAAGAACCGUUAUAGAUUAUACCAGCCAUUUAAAACUCGUACAUUAUUUGAUCAUUUUAUCAAAGCAGGUCGAAUGGAAGGAGAAAAGUGUUCUGACCUGCAAUCACUGACUGUACUUUUUACAAAGGUUUAUCAGGGCUGUGCUUCAGUCCAACAACAGAAAAUGUCUGUAAACUCAUUAGUUUGAAUAGAGACAAGUUCUUGACCAAUGACAAUGCAACCCUCUUAUAGGGUGAAAAACACUGAGAUAUUUAACCUAAUUAGAUUUUUCUGUGGAUGCUGCUUGGGUUACACUACCCUGCGUUUGCCCUGCCAUUGUUACAGGAGCUUGCUGAAUGGCUCACAGCAUUGAAUGGCAGAAAGAAUUAAUGAGGGACGGAAAAAAAAAAGCUAAGGCAGAUGAGAAAAUGGACUGUCAUGCUACUGUCCAAGACUCGCUAGUUUCAGGAAGCUAUUUGCAGUAACACGGUGACCUUGAAACUUUCCUCAUGACAGGUAGUACGGUGUAAUAGGCACUGUGCUUGCACACUGUUGUACAAUUACAUAUAAGACUUAACUUCUUAUCUUCUGACAGUCUGACCAUGAAAGCUUUCCUCACAGCAAAUGUACGGGAUGUAAUUUAUCAUUUAUAUUUAAUACUUGAGCUGUUUGAAUUGCUUGAACAUUUUUGUCAUAAUGCUGGUACAUGAUUAGAGCGUAUUCAGGUUUGUUUGUUUUUUAACAACAGGUUUAUUAGUCUGAGUGUCUCAUCUGUGCACUACUGGGGUGUGUGUGUGUGUGUGUGUGUGUGUGUGUGUGUG